AUGCUUGCGAUCCUCUUUGCCGUGUUGAGCCUGGCAGCGGCAGCCUUCGGCUGCGGGAUUCCUGCCUACCCACCUGCUGUGUCUAGAGUCGUAGGGGGGGAAAAUGCAAGACCAUACAGCUGGCCCUGGCAGGCCUCCCUCCAAUACAAAUCGAACGGCAAAUGGUACCACACCUGCGGCGGAACCCUCAUUGCAACCAACUGGGUGAUGACAGCUGCGCACUGCAUCAGUUCUUCUAGGGAAUACCGAGUAUAUCUUGGAAAAUACAACCUAGCCGUUGAGGAACAAGGAUCCAUUGCACUUUCUCCAGAAAAAAUCAUUGUCAAUGGGAACUGGGAUCCCCAGAAUGUUGCAAAUGGGUACGACAUCGCCUUGAUCAAACUCGCAGAACACGUCACCUUGAGUGACCACAUUAGGCUGGCCUGCCUCCCCCCCGCCCAAAGCAUCCUGUUGUCCAACACUGCCUGCUACGUGACAGGGUGGGGAAGACUGCAGACGAACGGAGCUCUGCCAGACGACCUGCAGCAAGGCCUUCUGCUGGUGGUGGAUUACGCAACUUGCUCCAAGCCUAGCUGGUGGGGAAGCACGGUGAAACCCACCAUGGUUUGCGCUGGCGGGGAUGGAAUCACCUCCAGCUGUAAUGGGGACUCUGGUGGCCCACUGAACUGCCAAGGUGCUGACGGCAGGUGGGAAGUACAUGGUAUAGUCAGCUUUGGCUCUGCUUUUGGCUGCAAUUAUUACCAGAAGCCUUCUGUCUUCACUCGGGUCUCCGCUUACAAUAGCUGGAUCCAGCAGACCUUAGCUUCACACUUCCUUCUCCCUGUGACAGUUGUUGAGAUGCUCAACAAACUGUACGUCUGCUUUGACAGCAGGAUUGAGUCUUACGAUGUUUACAAGGUGGAAACCAUUGGCGAUGCCUACAUGGUAGUGAGCGGCCUGCCAGAGCGGAAUGGCACCAAACAUGCUGAUGAGAUUGCCAAAAUGUCUCUGGAUCUGGUGGCAGCAGUUCAUCAGGUCAUUAUCCCUCAUAUGCCAAUGGGCAAACUGCAGCUGCGGGCUGGGAUACACACAGGGCCCUGUGUAGCUGGAGUUGUGGGGUACAAAAUGCCUCGUUAUUGCCUUUUUGGGGACACCGUAAACACAGCCUCCCGCAUGGAGUCCACCAGCUUGCCACAGAAGAUCCACAUCAGUUCUGCUACAUAUGAUGCCCUUCUCACAGAUGAUGCAUAUGAAAUUGAACCGAGAGGAGAAAUUGAAGUCAAGGGCAAAGGGAAAAUGAAAACCUACUGGCUUCUUGGUAACAAGAAUUACAGUGUCCAAAAUGACAGCCUGGUGUGUCACUGGAAUCCAGCAAUCUCCAAGAAAAAGAAGAUGGAAUGUAGCCAGGGAUCUGUCCAACAAGGUAGUGCAGGUGCUGUGGGAGCAGCACUGGCUGAGCAGCGCCCUGCCAUGUCCUGGGAUGAGCUGAGCCCUGACAGUCACUCUCAAGGGAGUGCCAGACCAGCCUGGACCUCCGAGAGUGCCACCCACGGCACAAGCCAAAGGCGGAGGAACGGCCUUCGUCAAAGCUCCCACCAGAGCCUCCAGGAGAACCUCACGUCAUCGGGCUCACCUGCUUUGGGGGAAGGUGCCAAAGGGGCCAGUUUAGAACACAGAGCCCAGCUUGGAGACCAGGGCAUUAAGGCAAUGUGGAAAAAUGAGUUUCUCCCAGGUUUUGUAGAUGAGAUGUGA